CCCUGCGCGUCCCCGCCGCCUCUCCGGCUUCCCCGACCCUCGGCCCCGGCGUCAUGUCUUGGGCCGCCCGUCCGCCCUUCCUCCCGCCGCGCCAUGCCGCGGGGCAGUGUGGGCCGGUGGGGGUGAGAAAAGAGAUGCAUUGUGGGGUCGCGUCCCGGUGGCGGCGGCGGCGGCCCUGGCUGGAUCCCGCGGCGGCGGCGGCGGCGGCGGCGGCGGCGGGGGCGGCCGGAGAGCAGCACACGCGGGAGCCGGAGCCGGGGGAGGCUGGCCGGGACGGGAUGGGCGACCGCGGGCGGGAUUCCCGAAGCCCAGACAGCUCCUCCCCGAAUCCCCUUUCCCAGGGGAUUCCUCCCUCUUCUCCUCCUGGCCCACCUCCCACCUCUUCAGCACCUCCACCUCCAAUGCCACCCCCUCCACUGGGCUCGCCCUUCCCAGUCAUCAGUUCUUCCAUGGGGUCCCCUGGCCUGCCCCCUCCGGCUCCCCCAGGAUUCUCCGGGCCUGUCAGCAGUCCUCAGAUUAACUCCACAGUGUCGCUCCCCGGGGGUGGGUCUGGCCCCCCUGAAGACGUGAAGCCGCCCGUCUUAGGGGUCCGGGGCCUGCACUGUCCACCCCCUCCAGGUGGUCCUGGGGCUGGCAAGCGGCUGUGUGCAAUCUGCGGGGACCGGAGCUCAGGCAAGCACUACGGGGUGUACAGCUGUGAGGGCUGCAAGGGCUUCUUCAAACGCACCAUUCGGAAGGACCUGAGCUACUCAUGCCGCGAUAACAAAGACUGCACGGUCGACAAGCGGCAGCGGAACAGGUGCCAGUACUGUCGCUAUCAGAAGUGCCUGGCCACUGGCAUGAAGCGGGAAGCGGUACAGGAGGAGCGACAGCGGGGGAAAGACAAAGAUGGGGAUGUGGAUGGGCCUGGGGGAGCCCCUGAGGAGAUGCCCGUGGACAGGAUCCUGGAGGCAGAGCUUGCUGUGGAGCAGAAGAGCGACCAAGGCGUGGAGGGCCCUGGGGGAACCGGGGGUGGCGGCAGCAGCCCAAAUGACCCAGUGACUAACAUCUGCCAGGCAGCUGACAAACAGCUGUUCACGCUCGUGGAGUGGGCCAAGAGGAUCCCACACUUCUCCUCCCUCCCCCUGGACGACCAAGUCAUACUGCUGCGGGCAGGCUGGAAUGAGCUCCUCAUUGCGUCCUUCUCCCAUCGGUCCAUUGAUGUCCGAGAUGGCAUCCUCCUGGCCACAGGUCUUCACGUGCACAGAAACUCAGCCCAUUCUGCAGGCGUGGGAGCCAUCUUUGAUCGGUCCCUCUCCAGGGUGCUGACAGAGCUAGUGUCCAAAAUGCGGGACAUGAGGAUGGACAAGACAGAGCUUGGCUGCCUGCGGGCAAUCAUUCUAUUUAACCCAGACGCCAAGGGACUGUCCAACCCUGCAGAGGUGGAGGUCCUGCGGGAGAAGGUGUACGCGUCACUGGAGACCUACUGCAAGCAGAAGUACCCUGAGCAGCAGGGCCGGUUUGCCAAGCUGCUGCUCCGGCUUCCUGCCCUGCGCUCCAUCGGCCUCAAGUGUCUGGAGCACCUGUUCUUCUUCAAGCUCAUCGGCGACACCCCCAUUGACACCUUCCUCAUGGAGAUGCUCGAGGCUCCCCACCAGCUAGCCUGAACCCAGACGCACACGUGUGCUUCUCGGCAGUGGGGAGCAUCGUGGAAGAGGAC